AUGGCGGCGGCCAAGAAGGCAAAAAAGUCAUCUGCCCGGGUGAAGGGUUCUUCUGAAAUACGAAUAACUAAUCCCAAGGCUGACAAGUCCAACCCUACAGGGGAUACAGGUGUAUCUGAUCUGCUUAAGACGUACUUCUUGUCAAGCCCGUCUGCUUACGUCAAGCUGGUUGAUCAUAUCCAUCAGGCUGGUAACCUUGGCACAUUCUCAAGUCUUUCCUUGGAGAAACAAAAGGAAACGGUUGUUCAUUUGCUUAAAAAAUGA